GAGGCUCCCGUCAACAUCGCCGGACAAGUGCGGCUCAACUUGUGCUCCCACUGCGCUGCACUGAUUUCAAUAUAUUUAUUUAUUCCAUCGCGCCUUGUUCCUGUCGUGACAGCACGUACACACGCAGUUAUGCGGCAUCACGAACCUCCUCGGCGGUCCACCGAGUCCGAACCGGCGUUCGAUGUUAUAAGCUCCUAAAGACCGUUAAAACAAGAAAGAAGAUGCAUUCUGUUGCUGGGGAAUAGAAGACACGGUCUUGUAGAGAUGUUGAUUGAGAUGCCAUCACUAUCCUGUGGACAGAAGAGCCCGAAGUGAUGGAGGACACGGAGGAAAGCCAUGCAGAUGAGCGGGCCCCCACACCUCCAGAGCGGGGGCUGCUCCACAUCUGGCAGUCGGCGGGCCCCAGUGCGCAGCUCUGUCCAGAUCGAGUGCUGCUGUCCAGGCCCGUCCUUCAGGCGAGCCUGGGAGAACACCAUGGCCUCCUGCUGACACAGGGUGGCCAGGUCUAUUCCUUCGGAGAGCUGUUGUGGAGGGACUUGAGCGUCCCGGUGUCCGCACCGCUGCUGGAGAUCUCUCUGUUGGGGAGGACGGUGGUCCGCGUGGCCGCCGGCGGCUUCCACUGCGGAGCGCUGAGCGAGCAGGGCAACGUCUUCAUGUGGGGGGAGAACACUGCGGGACAGUGCGGGCUGAGCGAGAGGGGCACGGACACGAGCAUCACGGUUUCAGAGCCGUGCCCGGUCAGCGUGGUGGACAGCGACGUGGUCCCUCCAGCAGCGGUUCAGGUUGUGGAUCUGGCGCUCGGGCGGGAGCACAGCCUGGCCCUGUCGGCCCGGAACGAGCUGUGGGCCUGGGGAAGCGGCUGCCAACUUGGCCUGGUCACAAACACCUUUCCCGUGUGGAGACCACAGAAGGUGGAGCACUUGGCAGGAAGACACGUAGUUCAGGUGGCUUGUGGUGCCUACCACAGCCUGGCCCUGGUUCGCAGCUUACAUCAACAGAAACCCCAGAAUGCAUCUGAGAAGACGCAGCGGGGGCAGUCGCCUCACUGUGCAGUGACGGAGGGGGAGGAGCCCUUUGCAGCGGAUGCAGGUCACUACUGUCCGCUGGGGGUGGAGCUGACUGAGGUCAUGACCCACGAGACGUCUCCGGGGAGAAGAGACCCCAGACGGAGGCUCCAACCCGGGGAAAGGACGACUCCUCCAGUUGGGAACACCCCCCCCCUCCAAGAAACGGAGGGCCGCCCCAGGGCUCACCCAAUGACGGGCUGGAGAACCAACAAGAAACCCGCUUUCCCCGACGAAGCCGAGCUCCAGAACCUCCUCCAGAAACUGUCCAGUCACUCUUUGGAGAUGCGCCACAGCGCCGGGCCGGGAGACACCGACUCCAUGAGCAGUUACACUUCAGAGGACAGCUGUGUGUCCUCAACUCCUUCCACGGAUCUGUUGACUUCCAGUUACAAAGAAGAUUCACCAGUUAAGAGUCAAAGCAACAACGGAGUAGCCGCGCCGUACUCCUCCUCUGUUCCCGUGUGUUUGGAAGAAGUUCGACUUUGUCUGGCGGCGGAGAAGAGGGCACUGAGGGGCCCAAAGAGCACCAGUCUCACAAAUAUAAACCAGAAGGGGAAAGCGGCAGCGAACAGGAGACGCUCUCUGCCAGGAACACCCACCCAGGGGUCUCCACGGCAACGGCGGUGCAGUGCCGGCAGGCCGUCCUCCUCAUGUCGGAGCCGGUCCGCGGCACCGGAGGAGGCUGGGGGUGGGCUGCCGUCUCUGGAGACAGAAGUGUGGAGCUGGGGCCGCGGGUCUGAGGGACAACUGGGACAUGGAGAUCAGCUGGCCAGACUCCAGCCUCUGUGCAUCAAGUGUUUGACUGGCGAGGAGGUGAUCAAAGUAGCCGCAGGGUCGCACCAUUCACUGGCUCUCACAGCCCACUGCCAGGUGUACUCGUGGGGCAGCAACAUGUGCGGACAGCUCGGCCAUGUCAACAGUCCUGUGACUGUACCUCGGCAGACAGAGCUGUCCGACGGUCUUCGGGUUUGGGACGUGUCAGCCGGUCAGAGUCACUCCCUCCUCCUGGCCGACGGAGACUGCGUCCAGCCCGUCCUGUUGUACUGCGGCCCGCGCAAAGAGCCGAGCUGCACGCAGACGGAGAGGUCACGCAACACUCAAAGGUCGCCGAACAGAGCAGAGAGUUACGCAGUCCGACCCGACCUGCUGCCCUUCUGCGUGGAGAUGGGUUACAUCAGCGGCGUCUGCAGCGGCGGUCAGAGCUGCGCGGCGCUGGCAGACGUGAACGUGAUGGGCUUUAUCGGCGCCAUCCACGAGCUGGCCUCCCGAGAGCGACGCUUCUACUGCUGGUUGAGCAGCGUCAAGCGGCUCGUCCUCACGCCGCUACGCAGCAGAGAAAGCGCGUCGCCGUCGUUGGGGGAGCCGUGCACUCACCUCUUCUUCUCUCUCUGUGAGAGUUUUGUUCGUCUGAGCCUUCUGAUUGGUCAACACUCCACGGCGCUCAGCUACUUCCUGCAUGAUGUGCAGGGUUGUGACAUCGCCUCCCUUCCCCUGCUGACGCACUCUGAGCACUUUCUGGACGUUUAUAACGAGUAUUGUUCUUCAGUAGGAGACUUCCAGGUGAUGGGUGGGUUCCGACCACUCCAUAAACUCUCCCUCGAGUGUUUAGGCUCCCAGCAGGCCGUGCUCGCUCAGCUGUGUGAACCAGACCAGUCCGCCGGUGGUAAAGCUGAUCUGGUUUCCUUGUUGUACUGGCCUCUGCAGCAGCUGCACCAGUACAGCCGAAUGCUGCUCAAACUGGCCGCCUGUUACAAUGUGGUGACUACAGAGUAUCAGUCCCUCGAUCAGGGCGGUAGUCGGUACGACUCCCAGUCCUCGUCCCUCUUGAGGAGGAAGAAGGAGGCCGAGACCACCUCCCUCUUCUGGAGUUCCCACUCCGGGAAAACCACCGAGGUCCUGCGUCUCCCGCAGCGUCGCGUGGUGUGUGAAAGCGGCAACAGAUCUCUGACUCUGCAGAACGCCGGGCGCUUCUCCAACCACUGGUUUAUACUGUUCAACGACACACUGGUGCACACACAGUUCUCCACACAUCACAUCUACCCGCUGGCCUCUCUGUGGGUGAAGCCGGUGACUGAAGACGGCAGCGGACUCUACGCCAUCAAAAUAACGUGUCCAGAGGAGAGUUUCACCCUGGUGGCCUCGACGCCGCAGGAGAAGAACAAGUGGCUUCGGUCUCUCAACCAGGCAGUGGAUCAUGUGCUGGGCGGCGCAGGUCAGGGGUCGUCGCCGGGUUUGGCUGCCAUGUCCCGCACGGCCUCACACACGUUCUGUGGAGAAGGCCGGUUUAAAGACGCCCAUUACACCGGCGCCUGGGUGGCCGGGCGGAUCCACGGCAGAGGCACCAUGAAGUGGCCCGAUGGACGGACCUACAGCGGGAACUUUAAGAGUGGACAGGAGGACGGAUACGGGGAGUGUCUAAUUCCUGACAAAGUGCUGAACAAGCCGGACGGCUACCAAGGACACUGGAGAGACGGCAAGAUCCAUGGUUUCGGCAAGUACAAGUAUGCCAGUGGCGAGGUGUACGAGGGCUGCUUCUGCGACGGCCACAGGCACGGCUACGGCAUGCUGAGCUCCGGCCGGAUGGCCAAAAGGUCUUCCAGCGUUUUCAUUGGCCAGUGGGUCCACGACAAGAAGACGGGAUACGGCGUCCACGAUGACAUCACCAGGGGAGAGAAGUACAUGGGGCUGUGGCUGGACGAGCAGCGCCACGGCAACGCUACCGUUGUCACCCAGUGCGGUUUGUACUACGAAGGGAAUUUCAGAGACAACAAGAUGUGUGGACCAGGUCUGCUGGUGUCCGAUGACGACACAGCUUUGCAUGGGGAGUUUUCUGAGGACUGGAUGGUCAACGGGAAGGGUGUUUUAUCGCUGGCUAACGGGGAUAGCCUGGAGGGCAUGUUCAGCGGGGAGUGGACCACGGGGCUGAAGGUCGUUGGAACGUACUUCAAACCGUCCGCAGGCGAACCUGAACACAAAGAGAGAAGCGGCCUCCUCCGGCUGGGUCAGUACGCGGUGCCGGCGGCUCAGAGGUGGCUCUGCGUGUUCGACGAAUGUUGGAGUCGACUGGGCUGCGAUUCUGCUGGCAGAGGAGAGAGGACUGCAGCCUGGGACAGCAUCGCGGUCACCAUAGCGACUGCACGGCGACAAAGCCCCAAUCUCAGUAGGUCUCAGAGUAAAGUGCUGGAGUGUUUGGAGUGCAUUCCUCAGCACGGAGAACCGGUGACCACGGCAAACUACGACAACAUACGGAGAUACCUCAUUAAGGCAUGUGAGACCCCUCACCACCCUCUGGGCUGGCUGGUGGAGACGCUGGUGACGGCCUACAGGAUGACCUACGUCGGCGUGGGAUCCAACCGCCGGCUGCUCAGGCUGGCCGUGCAGGAGGUCCUGGCCUACCUCACCCAUUUCUACAGGAUCGUCAGGUUUCUGUUUCCGGGGCUGCCGGAUGAUGGCGGCAUCAUCCCAGACCCGCCUACCUCCACACCUGAGAGCAAGCAGAAGCCCGACAUGUCAGAUCAAAGCGGCGUUGUGGUGCUGAGCUUCUCCUCCUUGCUCCUCCCUCAGCUGCUCCCUCGACUCUACCCGCCUCUCUUCACCCUGUACUGCCUGCAGGAGGAGCAGGAGGACGCCCGGUACUGGGAGCGCAUGCUGCGGCUCAACAAACAGCCCGACCGGCCGCUGCUCCGCUUCCUGGGAGUGCAGGAGAAGUUCUGGCCAGUGUGGACGUCAAUUCUAGGGGAGAAAAAGCAGAUUGUGUCCAGCAGUAAAGAUGCCUGCUUUGUUUCUGCUGUAGAGACACUCCAACAAAUCAGCACGGCCUUCACUCCGUCAGACAAACUCCUCGUCAUCCAGAAGACGUUUGAGGAAUUGACCCAGGAAGUAAAACUGAUGCUGGAUGACAGCUUCCUGUGGUGCAUGGAUGACCUGCUCCCUCUCUUCAUAUACGUGGUGCUCAGAGCGAGGAUCAGGAACCUGGGAGCCGAGGUCAGUCUGAUCGAAGAUCUGAUGGAUCCCAACAUUCAGCACGGAGAGAUGGGCCUGAUGUUCACAACACUGCAGGCCUGUUACAUGCAGAUCCUCCAGGAGUCAGCGACGUAGGAGCAGAGAA